AUGGAGGUUGAAGUGAGCCGAGAUCGCACCACUGCGCUCCAGCCUGGAAAAAAAAAAAAAAAGCCAGGGCUCCUAAUGUACUCAUUUGAACAUCACUUGUGUCCACCUGGGUUCGGAAUUGUGCUGGACAUGGGAUACACAAAGCGGGAGUGGAAUGUUCAGGAAGCAGCUGUGCUGUGGGUGAUAGUCAUACUUUAUUCUCUAAAACUCUCCAGUUUCAAUUGGCCUCUUGGUGCCAAAGCACAGCAUGUUACACCUAUCAGAUCGGGCACACUGCCCCUUUUUCCCAACCUAUGAGCUGAAAUGGCCAGCACUGCGCCUUCCAGAACCCAGCUUAGAUGCACAGUUGCCACGGAGGUAAGAAGAAUGAUUUGUUCACCACCAAAAGUCCAGUUUCUCCAAAAGGUAAGUCCCAGCAGGGUACAAUGUCCCAAACCUACGCAACCGUUUCCACUGCCUAUUCUGGGGCCCCUCACUUGGGUCAAGGCAGCAUUUCAAAGGAAGCCAGGAGCGAGAACUCGUGCAUCCGAACCUUUCUCUGACUUGGAGACAGUAGGGGAGAUGGUUCUCACAGAUGAAGUUGGGCUUUCAGAAGGAAGGGCCACCCUUCCUUCUAAUCAUCCCCCGGAGUCCGUGUUGGAAGAUGCCAGUGAGCACGUCUCAGGGCUCUAUGCCUUGCGCGGAUGA